GGCCCACCACAGUCCACAGUUCACAGCCGAACCCGGAAACCUCCCCGCCGGCCUCUCAUCCUCAACGGCGCAUAUCCCUAUCUCCGUCGGCGCAACCAUCCUGGCCGCGCUCCUACCCGCCGGUCUCCUCUUCCCCGAGUAGCGCCGCCGCCCGCCUCCACCCGCGCCGGCCCUUUUCCCUUGACCAGGAAGCUUCCACCGACUAGGGACUCCUCUUACAAGUUCAUCUCCAUUCUAAAACAUGCGAAUCCCCAUCGCCAGUUGGUCCUAUUCCGGCGUCCCGGCACCUCCCAGGCCGUCCGGUCCCCACGCUCUCCUCCUCCCGGCGGCUCCCCCGUCCGCCUCAAACUGCACGAUUAGUCGACGAAACCCUUGGACGGCCUCCUCUGUUUUCGGUAAAGCGAUACCGCAGAAGCGGUGCGUCGUUGUGGCCGGCGGACUUACUUGGGUUGAUGGGGUUGAAGAGCUCAUGGAGUUACGACAGUCAGAAGAGGAAGCCCCAGUGAAGGUAAAGAAGAGGCCGCCUUUGAGGCGUGGAAAGGUCUAUCCGCAACUUACUGUACCAGAACACAUUCCAAGACCAUCUUACGUGGGUGCAAACAUACCGCAAGCGUUACAUCCCGUGCGCCAAAUACACAAUGCCGAAGGUAUCACUGGGAUGAGAGCUGCUUGCAAACUUGCCGCCCGUGUGCUGAACUUCGCGGGAACAUUGGUCAAGCCAUCAGUUACUACGAAUGAAAUCGACAGGGCGGUGCAUCAUAUGAUAGUUGAGGCGGGUGCUUAUCCUUCUCCUCUUGGCUAUGGUGGAUUUCCUAAAAGUAUCUGCACAUCAGUAAAUGAGUGUGUCUGCCACGGGCUACCCGAUUCAACGCAGCUUCAGAAUGGAGAUAUCAUAAAUAUUGAUGUAAAUGUGUUCCUGAAUGGAUACCAUGGUGGAACUUCCAGAACAUUUGUAUGUGGAGAAGCGGAUAAAUCUAUCAAACAUUUCCUGAAGGCAGCUGAAGAAUGCUUGGAGAAGGGUAUCUCUGUCUGCAGGGAUGGUGUAAACUACAGAAAAGUUGGCAAGAAAAUAAGUAACCUUGCUUAUUUCUAUGGCUAUCAUGUGGUGGAGCGCUUUGUUGGACAUGGAAUUGGAACCAUGUUGCAUUCAGAGCCACUUAUCCUCCAUCAUGCCAAUGAUAACCCUGGGCGAAUGGUUGAAGGUGAAACAUUCACAAUUGAACCCAUACUUAUAAUGGAGAAAGCAGAGUGUGUGACAUGGGAAAAUGGAUGGACUACUGUCACCGAAGAUGGCAGCUGGGCGGCACAGUUUGAGCAUACUGUGCUGAUCACUAGAACGGGUGCAGAAAUAUUGACAAAGCUCUGAGUUAUUCCCUGCUGAUUGUAGCUAGAAGUUGUUGAGCCAUCUACUUUCAGAAUGGGUUGGUUCAAAGUAGCCCCAGCUUCCAGCCUAGCAUCGGAAUCUCGUCGACAAGCGCUUGCGUCCACAUGUGGAAGCUUCCUCCCUAGUAUGUAGCAACCUGGCAGGGUAUAGAUGUGGGGACAUGCUACUGCGUUUGCUUGUAAUCACGUGCUGUUUGGAGAUGUCCUGUCUAGACACUUCUUCAUCGUGGGUGUAGUUUAUAGAAGAGCUGAUGUAGUAAAUGUGGUUGUUCAGUUUGUUGGGAGUAGAUGCUGGUUUAGAAGUGGAAUGCCUACGUUUGUCACCGGUUUUUUU